AUGUCACUGAAGGGAGAGACGAAACCAGGAACAGGAGCCGUCAAAGUGACGGCUAAAAAACACAGAUGGUAUCUUGGAGGUAUUGCUUCGGCCAUGGCCGCCUCUUGCACCCAUCCGUUGGAUCUUCUAAAGGUAUUGAAAAUCUACACUGUACUUGAAUGAAAUCUUGUAACAAGUUGCGUCACAAUUUCCCGAAGAAUUUCUCCGAGUAUCAGCCAGAGUAUCUCCUUAAAACUUGGGAAGAGUUUUUGCAUUAAAAUGGUACAGAUAAAGCGAUGGGCUUUUAUAUGUCAAAUUAAUAAGUUGAGGUUUUCCUAGUUCAUUAUCUAUGCAGAUUAGCGAAGAUUACAUCAGCUGGCCGGCUACUCUAUAAAUUUUUGGCGACUUCUACGAAAAUUAGUGUGGCUGUUAGGGAAAAUUCUCUUGAGCUAUUGGAUAAGAAAGAUAACAGAUAACAGAUGUCAGAUAAUAUUUUGAAGCACCGUGAUUACAGACUGUGUAAACAUCGGAUCGGAGGCGUUUUACCCUCACACAGCUUCUCACAACAUGCCUCUACACACCCCUGAAAGUAUGCACCUCCCUUCCUCCCUUAUUUUUUAAUUGAGUUGCAUCAGAAAACAGUGUUGACUUUUGAGAGUGUAUCACUUAUGAAGCACAAGAGUAAGAAUAAUUAGCUCAGGAGAAAAAUUGCAAACACAUUAAAACAUCUGGCAAAAUGGUCAUAUUCAGUUUGGACACACAAGCCAAGAAAAAUUGGUCUGACAUCAAGUUGGGGCCAAAGAAUACCCUCAUUUGCUUGAAUUGUGGAAAAGAGGCUUGGUAAACAAAGGGUCAAUGAUAAACCCACAUGUAUAUAUACAACCGGUGAUAAUUUGAAAACUCAGUUAGCAAGAGUUAUCACAAUAUACUUGUGAUUACUUGUGUCUACAAGAUGUAUUUUGGUUGUGUUUUGUGAUUCCUUUUGAACUGUCAGAAAUUUUUCAGUUGGUGUAUCUAUCACUGGAUAAGACAUGUAGAUUUUUCCCAUCUGUGCAUUUUCACAAUUAAUGUAUAAGAUUAAUUUUGUUUUUUACUUACCUUUAAAAUAAAAAAUACUCACAGGCAUCCCAGGGUUGCAGCACCUGAGGCUGCCCCCUAGCACCACCUGGAUCAAGCUACAUUAUGAGACAAAGACAUCAUGCUAAAUAAUGUCUUUUAAAUUGACUACAGAGAGCAGUAAGGAUAUCAGCCCUGCUGUCAUAUGCAAGAUUUAAAGAAUUUGACCAAAUUUUAUGUGAUCCAGUCAGUUACCAAAUAAGCAGUGGAACCCUGCUAACUUGAACACAGUGAACUCAAAUCCCUGGAAACUUGAACAGGAUCCAAUAUCCCUAGAUCCAUUUUUUUAUGUUAUUUACCAUCAGCUAACUCAAACCCCCACUAACUUGAACAAUUUUUUUCUUUCCUUGGGAGUUUGAGUUAGCAGGGUUGUACUGUAAGUAACCUUGACAUUUAUGGCUCAUGUUUUUUCUUUGAUUUUUCAAACUAUCAAAUUAGAAACACUAUGCCAAAUGUGAAUCAAUCACAAGGAGUUUAUUGUUUUUUUACUUUGUAUUUCAAAUGCAGGUUCAUCUUCAGACACAGCAGAAGGUUGAACAGAGAUUGGUAUCCAUGGCAGUUCAUGUUGUACGUACUCAGGGAGUAUUGGCACUUUACAAUGGACUAUCAGCUUCUCUUACAAGACAGGUACAUGUCAAUAGAUUGCUUAUCCUCUUUAUCUUCCUAGCACCUUUAAGACUGGUGGCAUGGGUGAAUCACUGUUAGAAGGUCAUUGGCUGCUUGUCAUCUCAGGUACCUACAUUUCUAAUCUGUGUUCUUCAUCUCUCUCUUAACUUUCCCCCUCCAUGCUUUUUUGGGUGGGCCUGUCUCCCUCUUCUGCCUUAAGGGUCCAUCAAAAGAGACUCUGAUCUAUCUCCAUGUCGCAUGCUCUAUGUCAAGUGUUUAAUAUUGAACAGGUUGAUUCACAGAGCAAUGUUGCUCCCUCUUAGGGGACCAAAAUUGAUAAUUGUGGAGGUGUUAAUCUAAUACAAGCAGUGCAAAAGAAACCUUGAUUGUGAUAAUCAAAUAUUUUUGUUCCUUCAACCUCAGCUGACAUACUCCACAACACGCUAUGGGUUAUAUGAGGUAGGCUCAGCAAGACUAAGAAAAGGAGAUGGUAAGUACUUGAGAUAAAGAUCAUGAAAUUUAAUGGUUUAGACUUUGCAUGCAAGAUGACCUGAAGGAAGGGAAGUGAGAACUUAAAAUGAUAAGUGGGAACUCUGAAUAAUGACUUGGUACUCACAUUGCCCAAAAUUAUUAAUGCAUUCAAUAAUGUCUCCUUGCAAUCUUAUUGGUGCAACAAGUUAUGCUGUGUUGAGAAUUGACUUGCAAACAUUUUUUAUCAAGGAUGGGAGUUAUCUUUAUUAACACACAGUUCAAAAAUAUAAUAAUGGCCCAUAUAUGCAAUUAAGAAGAUAAUGAUGUUAUGUUUAAAUUCAGUCACUAACGCAAAUGGUCAUAUUCGUUCAUUUUGAAAUAAUGAAUUAUUGAUUGCAAUAAUUUUUAUUAUUCAAUAUAUAUUCAUUUAUAUAUACAUUUUUUUCUUUAUCUAUUUAUUUCUGUUUAUAUCUAAGGAACUUUCAUGAGACUUUCCUUUUCACCCUAUUUAGCUCCUCUACCAUUUUACCAGAAAAUUGCAGUUGGAGCAUUGUCAGGUAAAGCAGUUGCCAAAAUAAGUUCACAGAAAAUUAUUCUUAAUAAUGCAAAGGAAUAACCAUAGAAAAACCCAGCAGAUUUUACAGAUAAUUUAUUUUGUUAAAGCUCAAUUGGGUUAAAUGCUUAUGUUGUGAUUAUUGUAAUGUUUCAGGAAGCAAUCACAAUUAACUUGUUCCUAAUAGAUUUAAUUUCUGAAUUUAGAUGAUCUAAAUGAUAAAUCACUUUGUCUUUUCUGUAAGGUUUUAUUGGAGGAAUUAUUGGAAAUCCUGCAGAUAUGGUCAAUGUGAGGUAUUAAAGUUUUGCUUGAUCACUGUUGGUGCUGCAAACAAAGACAUAAUUAAUUCAAAAUAUAUCAAUUAAAUUGCCUUAAAUGCAUUAAUUAAUUUGCUAACUGGUAGCUUUGGACAUUUGGCAUAAUUAACUUCUAAAUGUUUUAUUUUCCUUUCCUUAGAAUGCAAAACGAUGUUAAGAUAAUGGAUGUUGCAAAGAGGAGAAAGUGAGUGUUGCAGGAUAACUGAAUCAAUAAGGAUUGUAUGAAAGCUUCUAGAACCACUUUUAAAAUUUGAGGUUAAGAAUGGUUAGUGCACAAGAAAGUGACAACAGACUCAGCAUGUGAGGGAAAAUGAUUGAGGAGGAUAUCAAGAUUAUUUAAGAUACUGUCAUCAGAUCAAGAGGCUCUUGUGUCUUCCAAUGCCAUUUGGAAGGCCUGGCUGCUUAGACCAUGUAGUGAUUCAGUGGCAAUUCAGUUCUGCAGAAUGAAGAAUUUUCUCUUUUGUAAUAGCUGCAAUAGCAGUGACUUGCAUGCUCUGUUCUUUGCACUUUGUUUGCACCUCUAAUGCAGCAUGUGAUUGAUCAUCUUCUUUUCAGUUACAAGAAUGUAUUUGAUGGUCUUUACAGAACAGCAUCAGAAGGUAAAUUUGUAUUACUCAAUUUAUGCAUUGUUUAGCAAUUUUACUCUUGGUGAAAAUUCACUGGUUCCUGAAUGUUCAAUUUAGUUUUCUAGAACUUUUGCUUUUUAAUAUUCGACAGAGGGUAUUUCUACCUGGAUGAAGGGUGUGCAAAUGACCUCAUCUAGGGCUGUGUUGAUAACAGUGGCUCAGGUAUGCGUCAUCGUUAUUAUUUUACAUCGUUUAUAUCCUAGACUACGAGCAGCCCCCUCCUUUUCGGCAAAGUCCGUCGCGAGAGACCGCUUAUUUUUUCACUGAUUUUUUAAGGCUCGCACGACGGACUUCUGUAAAAAGGAGGGCCUACUCGUGAUGUACCUAUAACCUUUCUGAUCCUUUAAAUCCAAUAGAUCUCUUUAGAUAAUCGAUAUUUUUUUCAUUUUGAUGGGAAAAUUUCAUUCCCUCUUUUCAGUUUACAUUAUGCCUCACAACUUUUAUCGUUCAAGUGCAAAGAAAGUCGCAUAAGUUCAACCUUAGCUUUUUCUGCAACAUUACCUCAAAAGAAAAAACCCAAACCAGCAGAAAACGACAAAAGCAAAAGUCGCGAGCAUGAAAUUAGUUACUGUCUUUAACGCUUAAAUCUAGCCAGCACUGGGCAGUUGUAUAACAUACGCUUCGUGGAGGAGAUUGACAAAUCUGUCUGUUUUAUUCCUCAUCAGGUAGCAUGUUAUGACCAAGUUAAACAGCUAUUACUUGGAUCUGGGUAGGUUAAUCCCUCUGAAAGCCUGUGGCUUGGUGUUUAGAUCAAUAGCUUGCGAGCGAGCCAACGGCUAAAUAUGCCUAGUGAAAACGAUGAAUAUUCCAGCGACAAUCCCCAACUGACUUUGUAUCCGAUAAAAUGAGAACCUUCCAAGGGUUGAAAUGAUUUUAAUUCAAGAAGGUAAAGUUCUUUUCUGUGUUACCAGGGAAGAAAAAAAAUUUCUUAGAGGUGAAUACUUAAAACUAGGCGGCAUCCACAUCAGAAAAAAUCUUUUGGUAUUGCAAUGUGAAAAAGUCAGCAUCGUAGUACACAUUUUAACGUUUCUGGCUCUAAGCUGUUCCCAAAAGUUUUGUCUCGCGAGGCCAAAAGCUCAAAUCUUCUGCAAACCUGGUUUUCGGAAAGCAUUUCGUUUCUCAGAAAAGAUAAAAUCUCCACACCAAUAUCUAAAAGAAUUUCUAUUGUUUACAUUUCUGAUGACUACUAUUUUCGUGAAUUUAUUCCGACAAAUAAUUUCUUCUGAUCAUUUCAAGAAACUGAUCCAUCAACACUCUCUUGAUUGUUUGCAGAUACUUCAGUGACAAUAUCAUAACGCACUUCACUGGCAGUUUUAUAGCGGUAAGAUUCUUUUGUCCAUCAUCGAUGCUUUUAACUUCAUUGAAUUUGAGGGAAAAUUAACAGACUUUUUCGCACCGGAAUAGACGGGAUUGAUUUGUGACCGCUUUGAUUCACUCGCAUACAGGGGACAAUUGCAACAGGCAUUACGCAACCAGUUGAUGUCAUGAAGACAAGACUGAUGGAAGCUAAACCAGGACAGUACAAGGUACUUAUAGAGGAUAUUUUAAUUCUUGCUGUUUAAAGGUUUUCCAAAUACGGAACCCGUACUAAUUCUUCCGACUCCGAGGUUCGAUUUUCAUCAGGUCGAGAGCGCUCUUUCGACUUCAUCGCCGAUGAAAACCAGCCUCUGACGGGUCUUUUGGCUUUUUUGCGACUCUUGUAACUUUAAGAUAAAUGAAAUCUAUGGAUGUUUGUGUUCACAAACUUCAAAUCUUGCAGAGUGUCCUGGACUGCAUUCUCUACACCGCGCGGCUCGGACCUAUGGGGUUCUACAAGGUAUGAAUUAUUUACCUAGACACCUAUUUUUAAACUAUAAAGUUUUGUAAAUAUUUCUGAUUAAGUAAUAUAAGUCAUACAGCUGUACUUGUAACAGGUCCAGACAGUUGUCUAUCUUGUAAUCGUUAAUAGAGUCAGUAACUAGUGGAUGUGUUGUAUAAAAGAUAGCUUUAUUUCCCAGCCCAAUUUUCCAUUAAGAUCCUCGUGGGUUUUUGACCGCAGUCUAUCGUGAUAUCCUCUUUUUCUACGAGUAAUAGUAACUGACAACAAUUCGAUGGGGAAUCAUAACCAUUAUCUCGAGAUGGUCUAGUUUUACAAACCGGUUUCUUCUCCUAAGAGUUUAGUCGAUGGCAAGGACAGUUUUGAUUACUGAUUUUAAUUGUCAGUUUCUGUUGAUCUUAGUAUUAAAUGUCCUUAACUUUUUUUUUUUUCGUUUUUAGGGCUUUAUUCCAGCUUGGAUCCGUUUGGAACCCUACACAAUUUUAACAUGGAUCUUUCUUGAACAACUUCGAGUGUUGUUUCCUCUAAAGGAGUCGUAGACUUUUUGUCUGUGUAGUUACAAUACUAAAUACUACGCUGCGAUAAUUUUUUAUUAAAGGGGGUAAGUUUCUAAAGAAACUGUGGUGCUACAUCGAUCUGGGGUAUUACAAAAUAAAGUGAGUUGAUUAUGUAAACUGGUAUCUGCAAACAGUUUAUAGCUUUAGAAACUCUUUACGAUGGCCAAUUUUCAUUCUCAACUCGGUUGAUAAACUGAAAUUAUCUUGUAAUUAUUUGUUAGUAUAGUUAAUAACACGAUUUCAAGUGCAAUUUAGUGUUAAUAAGUACGAGUAAAUUUUUUCAAGACAACAAAAGUGCACAAGCCCGUAGGGCUAGUUCAAUUUGUAAACUUUGAAAAAUUUACAAGGCCUUAUUUACACCAAAUUGCACUUUAAAUCAAGUUAUUACUUUUUUUUAAAUUAUUUAAAUGAAAUAAGCGUCGCAGAAAGUCAAGGCAGACGAAAUUAUUGCAGCUCGCGCGCCAUUUGUAACUUGCAUUUGUCUUGCAACUUUGACUCGUGUGACAUGAAGAAUGAACUCGUUUUCAGCCAAUCAGAUGCGCGCAAUUUUUUCAGGUAUAUUGUUAGACUGAUGUAAUGCGGAAGGUUACGAUGAAAUUAUAGGAUAAACAAAUUUUGAAACUGAACCAUAAAACAAUGUGACAAGUAAUAUAGAGAAUGGUUUCAAAAAAUUUUGGCUUCUAUUAGAGAAAAGAAAUCACAGACUGAUUUUUUUCUCUUUUUAGAGAUGAAAAUGUGUAUAUUUUUAACGCUUUGUUUGAUUAUGCGUAUGCGCAAUUUCAAAGUGUGAAUGUUAAUAUCCUAAGAAAUCUUAUAUUUACACUUUUAAUACAAUUUAGCCUUGCGUACGGUGUCCUUCUGGCUGUUUUUUUCUUUUUGAGCGGCUAGGAUGCAUUGUAUAACCAGCUGGGGAAAGCUGACGAA